UAUUACGUCAUUCGAAGCUUCGAUCUGGUGUCGAACACUGCACUGGACGUUUUUCCUCGUUUUUCCGACCUUCUCGGGGAUUUCCGCGAAUCUAGAGAUCGGCACUCCGUAAAGUGCCGUUCAAAAUCGUCAUAUAAAAUCUUAGAAGUGCGUUUUGAUUGUCAAAAUGUCGAAGAAGCCCGGUACCGGUACCGGUGGCGGCCGCGUCGCCAAUAUCUACCUUCCCGAUGGGCCGAGCAAGUGGCAUGAGCAGUACCCGGUGGCCAACGGAGAGCGUCAGUCUCCGAUCAACAUCGUCACGGAGAAAACCGUCUAUGACAAGACGCUGUCAAAGACGCCCCUGAAGGCGGUCUACAACAACAACUGCUGCGACAGCGUCACUAACACGGGAAACUCCUUCCAAGUCAACGUGUCUGGGGCAGGAACUGAGCUCAGUGGCGGUCCUUUGAACGGCACUUACGAGCUUCUCCAGUUCCACGGUCACUGGGGCCCUUACCUUAAGACUGAGGGGUCUGAACACACUGUGGACGGAAAAACCUACCCCGCAGAGCUUCAUCUGGUGCACUGGAACAUUAAGUACAAGAGCGUCUCUGAGGCUAUGAAAGAGCCUGAUGGACUGGCUGUGAUCGCUGUCUUCUUGAAGAGGGGACAUGACCAUCCAGGCUUCGCGAGGAUCGAAGACCUGUUCCUGAAAAUUCCACACAAGGGAAGGAAAGUGGACAUCGAGUUCAGGUUCGACCCUACAACUCUUUUGCCAGCUCACCGUGACUACUGGACGUACCCCGGUUCCCUGACCACACCUCCUCUGUACGAAAGUGUCACCUGGAUCGUCAUGAAGGACCCUAUCGAGGUUUCUGUGGAACAGAUUGCUGCUCUGAGGAACCUGCUAUGGGACACCCCUAGCGGAGAGGCCCCGAUGUACAACAACUACCGCCCUCCGCAGCCUCUGAACGGCAGGAAGGUCCGGGCUAACUUCACGGAGGGCUUCGGUUCCCGUAUCGCGGAGAUGGUCCCGAACUGGGCGUGGGGAGCCAUGUUCGCCGGCGUGGGCGCCGCGAGCUACGCUCUCAGCCAGAUGGGCACACCUAACUACCGACCCGGCUGCGCCAGGAGGAUAGUGAACGAUGGACACACCUUUAAGAUAGAGAUGCGCCAGGAACACGAGUCUCUCUCUACCUCUCUACCGGGCCAGAUCACUGGCGAUAGUGAUAGAAAAGAAGACGUGCCAAAAAUAAGCGGAGGCCCACUGCACGAAGAUUACAAGCUGCUACAGAUCCAUGCGCACUGGGGCGGCAAGGACGACCAAGGGUCUGAGCACACGGUGGACGGCCAAGUCUACCAGGGAGAGGUACAUCUGGUACAUAUGAACACCAAGUACCCUUCUUUUGAACAAGCGCUGACCAAACGUGACGGGCUGGCCGUACUCGGAGUAUUUCUUCAGCUCUCAGAUGAAGGUCAUGAAAGUUUCCAAACCAUCACAGAUAUGCUGGACAACGUCAGUUACAAGGGCGACAGUCAUGAACUUGAUGACAACUUCAACCCACAAUGCCUCAUUCCAGAAGACCACCAGAAGUACUGGUCCUACCCAGGGUCACUUACAACAGGUGGCUACCAGGAAUGUGUCAUCUGGAUCAUCUAUAAGAACACCCUUAAGGUCUCUCACCAACAGCUGGAGGUACUGAGGAGUCUGAAGUCCUACCCACGAGAGGAGGACCCUAACAUAGACCAGGAUCCCGCCACAGAGAGACGAGUGAGCGCUCACAUCCUGGACAACUACAGACCCAUCCAGCCUCUUCACAAGCGCCGCAUCAGGGCAUCCUUCCCUGGGAACAACUACAUUGACACGUGUCAGAAAGGCUGACAGAUUAUACCAG